AUGCGAGGUCGAAAAUCAAAUUUUGUGGCGUGCAUACAUUGCCGCCAGAUGAAACUGGCAUGCGACGCGCCAUCGAAAUUUCCCGCGGGAUGUUCGAGAUGCACCAAGGCAGGCAAAUUUUGUGCUGUAGAUCCGACUUUUAAGCGGACAAAGAGAAGGCAACGCCUGCAACAGAUCGAGCAAGAGUUGCGAGAAGCUAAAGAGGCUAUGCAUACCCUGAAAGAACAACCAAAUGAUAGCGCAUCGAAUGGAUCCCACACUCCAGCUGUACAGUUAUCAGAGUCUUCAGAUGGAGUUCCGCUAUCCCAAGUCAAUGCGCUACUAGAUGAUCUUGUGGUACCGACAUCAAGGUCAAUUGGUAGCGUGCAAUUAUCGUCAGCGCUGAUCAAGGAACUUCUCACGGAAUAUUAUCAAUACUACCACCCCAUCUGCCCAAUCUUACCACCAGCGUCCUCAUUCAUUGCACAGUCCGACGAAUGUCCACUCCUCUUCUGGACAGUCAUGCUCACCGCAUUAAGAGAUAAACCUGACCUGAUACACCUGUUUUCGCCUCUAGUCGACGAAGUCACCAACAUGGCGUAUGACUCCAUCCGUCCAACAAAUGCAAACUUUCUUUCCAUGCAAGCUCUUCUACUGCUGGGUUAUUGGAACCUUCCCUUCGAGAAGUUGCCAAUGGAUGCAUCUCUUUCGUUUGUCAAUAUGGCGACGCAGAUCUGCGUUCGCAUGGGCUUGCAUCGACCGGCUUUCUCAGCGGAAUUUGAUCGAGUUUCGGCCGUCCAUGAUGCCGUGAAUGUCCCUAGUCGGAUAGCUUGGAUUUUUUGUUUUGUUAGUAACGUUAGUAUAAAUGGUCAACUUGGAAUCCCUCCUACCGUCCGGUUGGAUCGUGGUCUGCUAGAUGCGCUCACUGCGAAACCCACCUGGCUUCCAGAUACGCUGUACUGUCAACUGCACAUUGCUCAUCAUAUAUUGAAAAUCAUUACAACGCUCGGUAGUUAUGACUCUUCAACCACGGGUCUAAUCCCAAAAGCAGACUAUGUCGUUCCAAUCAUUGAGAGCGAACUCCGCGUCGCAGAAACGCAUUUAUCACCAUACUGGACUCGAGUUGAUUACAUAUCCUUUUGCACGUGCAAAUUGAUACUCUACAUCAUUGCCAUCUCAGCUGCAGAUAACAACAGCGAUGAUAUUGACCCCACAGGCAGCGAGAAACGAUCCCAAUGGAUCGUGCAAGGAUACAUGUGUUCCAUUGGCAUGAUUCAAGCUGCAUCUACCAUACAAGAGCCGCUCAUCAAACUGCCUACACGAAUAUACAAGACCUUAGCAGCCGCUGUCUCCUUUCUAAUUCUAUUGAAAUGCUCCAAGUAUUAUUACCUCGCCGACGACAGUGCACUGACAAUCGCCAUACGACAAGGAUGGGAAUUGACGCGCAAAUUCGAACUCGUCCAGAGCGACUUUAUUACGCGAACUAAUUACCUCCUUGAGCGUUUGAGUAUUUAUAGCGAGACUUUGACCCCUGAAGAAAAAACCGGAGAACUUCUUACAGGCAAAGCGAGAAUGGGGUUUAAUGUUGCUCGGAGCACCACAAUGCUUGUUCAUCAGGUGGUUCUGAAAAGGAAUCAAGAGAAUGAGAUGGUAGUCGAUAAUGGUACUAAACCAGCCAACGACUAUACCAUGGAGAUGGCUGACCUAGACUUCUUUCUGGACUUUGACUGGAAUGAGUCAUUGUUGAGUCUCCCUGGGCCGACGAGUUCUACCUGA